AUGUUUUGCGUUUCUUACGCUGCACAUCAGCAGCAGCAGAAUCAGCAUCCGCAGCCAAUUCGAGAAGAGGAGGAAAUUUAUUCGUCGCUGAAAAAAGUGAAGAGAAAUGAGCAGCAGCAGCAACAUAUUACUAUGAUUCCGUUGGGGUGAGUUGUCCGAGAGAAGUACACCGGAAAAUUGGAUUUUUGCGUGCAUUUUUCACUACGGUACACAAAAUUCUGUGCAUUUUUGCGUCGCGGUGUUGACACCCUAAGGUUGUCCGAGAGAAAUACACGGAACAUUGAAUUUUUUGUGUGCAUUUUUGACUACGGUACGCGCAUUUUUGUGCAUUUUUGCGUCAUUUCGCAUGUUCCAGGCAUUUUCAGCUAAAAAUCAAAGGACCAUGUAUUUUUGAGGUCUCGAAGCGAUUUCACAUCAGUUCUUGCGGGAAAUUUGAAUAAAUUCAGAUUUUCCCUCGCAUUUUUGAGAAAAAAACUGAAUUUUUACUACGGUACGAAAAUUUCAGUGCAUUUUUGCGUCGCGGUGUUUACACACUAAUUUCAGUUUUUGCGGGAAACUGAUAUUUUUGAAUUUCAGAAAAAAUAUGAAAAAUAAAAAAAAACAAAAUUGUCCGAGAGAAGUACACACACACACACACAAUUUUGCUGGUCUAGAAAACCAAACUCGACCCUCCUAUAGAAUUCUUCCAUGGUCUUUUGAGCCCAGAAUUGGAAUUUCUGUGAAAAAAAAACCCCAGAUGGCCUAGGAAACCAAAUUUCUCUUCCAGAAACUUGCCCGAGAGAAGUACACACACACAAUUUUGCUGGCCUAGAAAACCAAACCAAAUUUGAGCGCGAAAACUAAAAAUUUGAAAAUAAUUCAAAUUUUUGUCCUAGAAAACCCCCAGAUGGCCUAGAAAACCCUCAGACGGCCUAGAACACCUUCAGAUGGCCUAGAAACCGCCCAGAUGGCCUAGAAAACCCUCAGAUGGCCUAGAAACCCCCAGGUGGCCUAGAAAACCAAAAAAAUAUUUCUCUUCCAGAAGUCCUCACGAGCUCCGCUGCGAGCCAACUCUAAAUGGAACUGUUAUCCGCGUCGCCGCCGGUCCGGAACAAAAUCAACAAUUACCCGAACUCAUUCCCAAGGUAUCUACAGUAAUCUAGCUACAGUAACCCUACAGUACCCCAUUUUUUUUAUAGAUGCGCCAAUUCAGUGGAUCAAUCAAUAAUCUGAGCAGUCAUCAUGAAAAUAUUGUGAAAAAAGGUGGGGAAUUUUGUAAUUUUUGUAAAAAAAAAACAAAUUUUGUAGUACUGUAGUUUUUGGCGCGAAAAAUUCAAAUUCAAAUUUCGGUGUCUGCGUCUCUUUUCUCUCGAUUAUUUAACCAACUUUUUUCGCCGUCAAAAACAAACAUUUCUUGUAAGCUUUUUGCCUACGCGCGCGCAAAUGAACAAAUUUUUGAUGUUUCAAGUUUUUUUUUGACAUUUUCUGUGUGGAUUUAAUUUACGAAUUUAAAGUAGGCAUUUAGAAUUUUGGGUGGGUUACUGUAGAAAUUUUGGAAUUUGAAAAAAAUUCUGGACUCUAGGCGCUGAUCAUUGAAAAUUUAGCUUUGUAGGCUCGGAUGCUUGACAUAGGAGCUCUCAAGGCGCGGCUCCUUCAAGAACUAGGUCUUCUAGGCUCGGCUGCUUGACAACUAGGGCCUCAAGGCGUGACUGCUUGACAAUUAGAUUUUCUAGACUCGGCUGCUUGACAUAGCAGCUCUCAAGGCGCGGAUGCUAGACAUAGAAGCUCUCUAGGCUCGGCUGCUUGAAAAUGAGGACCUGUAGGCGCUGAUCCCUGAGAACGAGGAUCUCAAGGCGCGGCUUCUUGAGAAAUAGGUUAUCAAGGUGCUGACCCUAGACAAAUAGGUUCUCUAGGCUUGGCUGCUUGACAUAGAAGAUCUGAAGGCGCGGCUGCUUGACACCUAUGAUUUAUAGGCUCGGCUCUUUGACAACGACGUUCUCAAGGCAUGGAUGCUUGAGAAAGAGGUUCUCAAGGUGCUGACCCUAGACAAUUAUGAUUUAUAGACUCGGCUACUUGAAAACUACAUUCUCUAGGCUCGGCUGCUUGACAUAGGAGCUCUCAAGGCGCGACCCCUUGACAAUUCCUCCAAAAAACAUUUUUUUUCCUCAGAUUUCGAAUCGUGGUCGGGUCGAAUAAUGGAAGGCCGUGUUGCCGCACAAAAAAGCACGACUAACAGUAUGCGCGGCUAUUGGGAACGCAACAUUCAACAGGAAAAACAGGCAAAAAUCGCAGAAGACCGGCAAAAUCGCCCAAAAUCCUACGGAUUUCCAAAAUGGCGAUCAACCGACGCACUUUCAGCCAGCCUGGUCGCCUCGAAUUCCAUUCAAAUUCCCAAAGAUUCGCGAAUUCCUGAGGAAAGGCUCAGGAAAAUGGAAGAAACCGAGAGAGAAGCGAUCGAAGUUCAACGAGAAAUCGAUCAGAAUCACAAUACAAAUCGACGACGAUUGUCCAAGGGAAAAAGUCUGGAUUCGUUGAAUUUUGCGGUGGAAAAUUUGAAUUCGAACAAGAAAUGGUAUGACGCGGAACAAAUCGCCGCCGCGGUGUCGCGCGAAUCGAUUGCGAAUAUUGCGACGUCGCGCGAAUUUUUUGAAAAUGGCGGCGCGAAUCGCGGGGGAAGAAGUCGAUUGAGCUCGAUUUCUUCGAUGCCGCAACAGAAUUGGGAGGAGCCGAGGAAAAUGUGAGUUUUUUUGGGGGCCUAGGGACCCGGGCUUCUUAGAAAUUGGACCAGGCUUAGUUUUUCGAGUGUUUCAGUUAAAAAUGAUGACAAAUCGAGAUUUUCGAAGUUUCUGGAGUGAUUUCUGAUGAAAAUUGACCUUCAGAAGUUCUUGCUGAUUUUUCGUAAAAUAAAAAACUUGAAAUUCAAGAUUCUACCGUAAUUUUUAGCGCAAAAAUGUUAAAAUUGAAAAAUAAUCAUAUUUUUCACACUCAAAAUCCUGGUUUCUUUUUUUUUAGAAAAUUUAUUUUCUGGAAUUUUUCGCAUAAAAAUUCUUGUUUUUUCCCAAUCUGAAAAAUUAAAUUUUAUUUUCUGAAAUUUUGGAGGGAGCCUUGAAAUCUACCUAAAAGGGCUGAUUCACGAACGAAAAAAAAUGUUUUUCAGUCAAAAAUGAUGACAAAUCGAGAUUUUCGAAGCUUCUGGAGUGAUUUUUGAUGAAAAUUGACCUUCAGAAGUUUUUUUCUGAUUUUUCGUAAUAUGAAAAAAUUGGAAAUUUGAAAAAAUUAAUGGGGUGAUUCAGGUCGAAAAAAAAACUAAAAAAAAAAAACAUUUUUUUACAAAAAAAUUCGAUUCAGCAAAUGUCAAAAAACUACAUUUUUUUCCUAUUUCUCGACAUUUUUUGACAUUUUUUUCAUUGAAACAUUUUCGCUGCGAGAUAUCUUUCAUUUUUGUGUGGAAAAAAAUAGAGUUUUUUGACAUUUGCUGAAUCGAAUUUUUUGUAAAAAAAUGUUUUUUUUUAGUUUUUUUUUCGAUUUGAAUCACCCCAUAAUGAAAUAAGGUUAUAAGCUUCGAGAACCCUAUUUUAUUUAUUUUUUCGAAAUUUGAAAUUUUUCAUUUUACAAAAAAUCAGCAAAAACUUCUGAAGGUCAAUUUUCAUCAGAAAUCAUUCCAGAAGCUUCAAAAAUCUCAAUUUGUCAUCAUUUUUGGCUGAAAAACUCGAAAAACUAAUUUUGACCUGUUUUUGGAGAUUUGUUGACUUUUCGUGAAUUGAUUUUUCAAACAUUUUUUUAAAUUUUUUUUCGUUCGUAAAUGAGCCCUUUUAGGUAGAUUUCAAGGCUCUCCAAAAUUUCAGAAAAUAAAAUUUAAUUUUUCAGAUUGAAAAAAACAAGAAUUUUUAUGCGAAAAAUUCCAGAAAAAAAACCAGGAUUUUUUUGGUCUCGAAAAUAUUCAAAUUCAAAAUUUUUGCGCUAAUAAUUACUGUUAAUUUUUCAGAAUUCCCGAUUUUUUUUUCACAAACAAAAUAAAUUUUCUAAAAAAUGAUUUUUCAAAUUCAAAAUUUUUGCGCUAAAGAUUACGGUAGGGUUUUGAAUUUGAAUUUUUCAUAAAUUUGGCAUUUUUCUGGGCAAAAUUUCGAGUUUUUGAAAAAAAAAUCGAUAAUUUUUGUAACCCAAAUUCCCACCGCAAAACCAACUCACCAUCUCAUCUCAUAUUUUCCAGUCAUCCCACAUCAGCCCCUCCACCACCACCACUUCCACCAAAAUCCGAAGCCAUCCAACUGCGAAGUCAACAAUUCUCCACCUCCUCCCAAGAUUCUCCUCAAUGCGUCGAUCCAAUUGAACAACAAGAGGUGUUGCUCAUGUUAUACUUGAAGCAAAAUUUGGAUAUUGUAAAUGGACUGGGCAUUCGAAUUCCCACCGAAAUUUUACAAGAGAUGGACGAUUUGCAAAUGCUGCCGGUUGAGUUGAGAAUUUGUGACGAGGAGCCGCCGCAUAGAAUGUUCAGCCCGACGAUGAAAAAUGGGCGGUAUCAGCGGAAAAUGCAGCCAAUUGUCAAUUCUUCCAAUCGCUCUAAUCUUCAGAAAUAUUAUAGUAAUCAGAAUCAACGGAAGGGUGACCAUUUCUCAAACUCGAAUUUGGAUUUGGCAUCAUCGACAAAUUCGAAUUAUUCAAAUUACGGUAACUCUUCUUCAUACGCUCAUUAG